AUGAGCGUGAGUAAAACAAUCACCGAAACGGUUACCAGCAACAAAACGGCAUCGGCGGUAAUUGCGGCACAAGCUCCGGCAGCAACGGGCCCGACACCCGUCCAGCGCCCAUAUGGGAAAAUUGUGCUCACGCUCGAAAACUGUCUGCUUCCGGAAGUGAAGCUCGACCAAACCCCGUCCCAAAAUGAUGGGCUGGAUCGGGAAACGGAAACGGAUCUUCGCAUCCUGGGCUGUGAGCUGAUACAGACGGCAGGCAUUCUGCUGAAAUUGCCCCAGGUUGCUAUGGCGACCGGGCAGGUGCUAUUCCAGCGCUUCUUCUACUCGAAAUCUUUCGUGCGCCACAGCAUGGAGGCGACGGCGAUGAGCUGCAUCUGUCUGGCGUCCAAGAUCGAGGAAGCGCCACGCCGGAUACGGGACGUGAUAAACGUCUUUCAUCAUAUCAAACAAGUCCGAAGCCAAAAGCCCAUGAUGCCGAUGAUACUGGACCAGCACUACAUCAAUCUGAAAUCGCAGGUGAUCAAGGCCGAGCGGCGCGUACUGAAGGAGCUUGGGUUUUGCGUGCACGUGAAGCAUCCGCACAAGCUGAUCGUGAUGUACCUGAAGUAUCUCGAGCUGGAAAAGCAUCAGAACAUGAUGCAGAUGGCGUGGAACUUCAUGAACGAUUCCUUCCGGACGGAUGUGUUCGUGCGGUACCAGCCGGAAACGAUUGCGUGCGCAUGCAUUUAUUUGACCGCACGCAAGCACAACAUUCCACUGCCAAGCAGCCCGCCGUGGUUUGUGAUAUUUCGCGUCAGCGAGGAUGACAUGUUGGAUGUUUGCUACCGCAUCAUGGCACUGUACAAGCGGGGCAAACCGAACGCGGAGCAGCUAGAGGAAGCGGUAGAAGCUUUAAAGAAAAAGUAUCAGGAGCAGCGCAAAAAGGAUCGUCCCGAAGCUAAUCCGGCGGCUGCUGCACCCACCGUCAUAACGGUCGAUCGGAACAAUGGAUCCCACAAUGCAUGGGGAGGUUUCAUUCAGAGAGCCAUGCCAUUGCCGUUGAAUUCGUCCGGCAAUGCAAGCAACGCAAACAGCGGCGGUAGUAACGCGGCAACGGCCGGUGGUGUUGCUGGCGGUGGGACCAAUGCGAACAGUAACAACGCCGGUCUAAACAACAACGAAUCCGAUGCCGGUGGACCGACGGCCGAUGGGAAGAAGUCGCGAUCGCGAUCAAAAUCGUUAUCGAAAUCUUCUCGCUCGAAAUCACGCUCACCACGGUCGAUGUCGCGUUCCAUGUCACGGUCACGUUCGCGCGGUACUCGCUCCCGUUCGCGCACGUCUCAUUCACGCUCACGGUCGAAAACACGCACCUCACGUUCACGGUCGCGUAGCGUAGUUUCACGCUCACGGUCGAGAUCGCGAUCACCACACUCGCCUCACUAUCCUACCGAGAAGGGUGGCUCCCGAAGGACGUCGAAAAAGUCGCGUCAUCGUUCCAGAACUCCGACGAAAAUUUCAUCGUCGGCCAAGAAGAAAUCUUCCCGCCAUUAUUCAUCCCGUUCUCCAUCGCCCGAAUCGCCUCAGAAGUACAAAAAAAGUGAUAAGAAAUACGAUCGUCGGUCUGGAAGAGGAGGAGAGGACAGAAACAACGACAAUCGUUACACCAACGGCUCCGAACGAGAUCGUGAUCGUUCGAAAGGGACGAGCAACUCGUUGGAUCAUUCGCGGAAUCGCGAUCGCGACAGGGAUCGGAUGAGAUCGGACGGUGGUAAGGUAGGUAGUGGUGGUGGAGGAGGAUACGAUCGGGACGACUACAGACGUAGCGAAAAGGAUUACCGAGGCAAUGGGAAGCAUGAUAAAUAUGGCUCUAGUCGCCAUAGUGAUAGCAGCAGUCGGCAUCGCUCAUCCAAGCAUGAGCGCGAACGAUCACGAGACCGUGAUCGAGACCGUCGCCGAUAG